AUGGUAGAUGAUUUUGCGAAGAUCAUGACCAACAAGUUCCAAAUGAGCAUGAAUAGAGAGAUUAUUUUCUUUAUAGGACUUCAAGUAAAACAAGAUCCACAAGGAAUAUUCAUUAAUCAGGAGAAAUACACCUCUGAACUACUUAAGAAAUACCGUAUGGACAACUGUUCCUCAACCAAGGUUCCUAUGUCCUUCGGAUAUAAGAUUUCUGUUGAUCCGUCCGGAGAAUCAGUAGACCAUAAAACUUAUAGAGGAAUGAUUGGUUCAAUGAUGUACCUCACCGCAAGCAGACCAAACAUUGUCUUCGCAACUGGUGUAUGCGCAAGAUACCAGGCCGAUCCGAAUAUAUCACAUACGACCACAGUUAAACAAAUUCUCAGAUACUUAAAGGGCAGCAAGGCUCUAGGUCUUUGGUAUCCUGCAAGGAACGACUUCAACCUACAAGCAUUCAGAGAUACGGAUCAUGUUGGAUGUAGAUUGGAUAGAAAAAUCACUUUCGGUGGAUGUUAA